AUUUAUCAUGUAAUUCUUAGCUUCACGAAUAAAUUUUAUGCUCUCGUUGAUGGAAAAUUGGGCAUUUGGUAUUGUUUAUAGCUAUUGUGCCGAUUUAUCAACCUUUCUUAUUCAUAAAUUGUUAUCUUGGUAUAUCAUAAUUUUUCAAAUUUCUGGUUAACACUAAAGGCCACAGGAAUCUGACAGGUUCUUUACGUCCAUAUUGGGAUCUUUAUGGUGUUGCUGCUGAGGGAUUGACUGACUGGUCGAUACAUGUGAUAGAUUUCCAUCUGUUGUACUAUUCCGUGAGGCUCCCUAUUACUAUUGUGAGUUAGACAGAACGAUCGAACAAUGCGCCGACUUCCAAGACCACCAAUGGGCCUGCCAGGCAUGGGACCGCCAGGAAUGGGGCACUUGCGGCCUCCACGGGGGCCUCCACCUAUGGGUCCAAGAGGCCCGAUCCCAGCCCUAGGCCUUCCUCCCUUGCCAGGGAUGGGCCCACCCCCUCCUGGACAUGGUCAUGCAGGUGCUGUUAGCAGCUGCACAAACUCCAAUGACCCGGCAUCAAUGGAUUCUCGACUGUUUGUGGGAAAUUUGAACACUAUUGCACUUUCUAAGGAAGCUAUAGAGGGCAUCUUCAGCAGAUACGGUGUUGUCAUAGGAAUCUCCAUGCACAAGGGCUAUGCUUUUGUGCAGUUCAAUCAUCCAGAUGAGGCAAGACGGGCUGGUGCAAGUGAGGAUGGAAAGCACUAUGCAGGGCAGGCAAUAGAUAUCAAUAUUGUGUCUCAACCAAAAAACAGAAAUGCGCUGAAGCGCUCUGCAGGUGGAAGAUCUGUAAACGAAGCUCAGCCAAAGAAACCUCGUAAUGAGAAUGUGGGCUCCAAUCAAUCACUGCAGAGGACCUUAGUGACCCUCAGUGGCAGCUCGGACUCAAAUAAAAGAACUGCUGCAAACAAUGCUGUGAAAAGGGCUCUAGCCACAGUAUCCAAAAAAAAUGUAUCUAAGCCUCCACCCACAGUGAAAAACUCUGCACCCGCCUCCAAAACUUUUAUGGCACGUAAAGACAGUGGGGCUAGCCAGCCAGCUGCCGUGCGGAGUACAUGGCCUGAUGUUUUGAUCUGCGGAGUGUGCAAGAUGCAGUUUACCAGUCUUCACAGUUUGGCCCAACACAAGAAGAUUCCCUGUCAGUUACGUCUCAGUACGCAAGCCAGAGAUGAUUCAAACUCUCCAGGUGGAGACAAUGGUGAGCCAGAUAUCUUGUUGUGUGCCAGUUGUGAUGCUCAGUUCAACUCUGGCUGGGCUUUAUGCCAACAUUGCACACAGGAGCAUAAGAUGAGCAUUUAUAAAACAGAGGUCAAGACUGACAGGGCAGCGAAGGAGAACGCCUCGGGGGCUAAGUCUGAAGUUGUAAAAUAAUCUUCACAAGCAUCACCACUUACAAGCUCAGGAAUGGUGCAAGAAUAGUGUUUUGAGGGCUGGAAAUCAAAUUUACAUUGUUGAUCUGAUUGUAUUACUCUGAAUAUACUUUUAUGGAUGACUUGAAAGUUUGAGGUGCAUUGAAUGCUAUUUUGGAGGAAUGGGGACUUUUUUCAUGAUUGAAGUGCAACAGGCCUCUCUAAUGAUGAACACAUGCUGAUUUUAUUUUCAUUUUUCUUCUUUCUUCCCCCCCCCCCCCCCCCCCCCAUUUUUGUGUGAAUCGAUUGCCAUCAGUUAUACAUGUUUCUGUAUGUAAGGUUACAUUUCACAAGAGAAUGUGUAUGUAGUAUGUUUUGGGACCUGAUCUUAUUAUUUACUAUGUUGAUAAAACUCGUUGAAAAAGUUUGUUUUCAUAUUUCAUGUCUACUGUGAUUGGUGGCAAUGUUAAGGUUUCAUGAAUUUUAUAGAGUUAAAUGGUCUUUAAAUUCAGGCUUUUGCUGUUGUGAUGAUUUGUAUGGAUUCAUUAUAUCAUUUAUAUUCAUUAGAAUUAGAACAGCAAAUGAGGUUGUUGUUUUUUUUUAAAUUUUAUAUUAAGUGAUUAAAGAUUGGGUGAACAGGGGGAGGGGGUAGGGUAAGUGAAA